GGCUUCCCGCUCGCCCGCCGUCUCCCGCCUCGGCUCGUGCCGACGCCCGCCGAGGAGCCGGCUUCGGGCCCGGUCGGAGCCGCCCUGCGCCAUGCCGCGGGAGAGGAGGGAGAGGGAUGCGAAGGAGCGGGGCACCAUGAAGGAGGACGGCAGCAGCGAUCUCUCUGCUCGCUCCAGGAAAAGGAAGGCAAAUGUGGCCGUUUUUUUGCAGGAUCCAGAUGAAGAAGUCGCCACAAUUGAGAGGACUGUGAGAAGCCAGUGUGGCAGUCAGCCUUGGGACAGUAAUGCAGCCUGUGCAAACCCCUGCUCCCUGAUCCCGACACCUGACAAAGAGGAGGGUGAGCUGGCAUACCCACAUUCCGCCUACGAACCUCCGAGUUUCGCGCCAACGAGAGCCUCACCACUGCCAGUUCUGAACUGGGCAAAUAGAGACGAAGUGUGGAAUAUCAUGCUAAACAAAGAAAAGACCUACUUGAGGGAUAAGCACGUCAUGCAGAGGCACCCUCUUCUGCAGCCGAAGAUGCGCGCCAUCCUUCUGGACUGGCUCAUGGAGGUGUGUGAAGUGUAUAAACUUCACAGGGAGACAUUUUACUUGGCACAAGAUUUCUUUGAUCGGUAUAUGGCAACACAACAGAACGUUGUAAAAACGCUUCUACAGCUUAUUGGGAUUUCAUCUUUAUUUAUUGCAGCCAAACUUGAGGAAAUCUAUCCUCCCAAGUUGCACCAGUUUGCAUAUGUUACAGACGGGGCUUGUUCAGGAGAUGACAUUCUCAACAUGGAAUUAGGCAUUAUGAAGGCCCUGAAGUGGCGUUUAAGUCCCCUGACAGUUGUGUCCUGGCUGAAUGUAUACAUGCAAGUUGCAUAUCUAAAGGACUUUUAUGAAGUGCUGUUGCCGCAGUAUCCCCAGCAAAUCUUCAUACAGAUUGCAGAGCUUUUAGAUCUCUGCAUCCUGGAUGUUGGCUGCUUAGAAUUUUCUUAUGGCGUGCUCGCUGCUUCCGCCUUGUAUCAUUUCUCUUCGUCUGAAUUGAUGCAAAAGGUUUCAGGGUACCAGUGGUGUGAGAUAGAGAGGUGUGUCAAGUGGAUGGUCCCCUUCGCCAUGGUCAUCAGGGAGACGGGAAGUUCAAAACUGAAGCACUUCAGGGGCAUUCCUGCUGAAGAUGCUCACAACAUCCAGACCCAUGUCAACAGCUUGGAUUUGCUGGACAAGGCCCAAGCAAAGAAAGCCAUAUUGUCUGAACAAAAUAGGGUUUCUCCUCUCCCCACUGGGGUCCUCACGCCCCCACAGAGCGGUAAGAAGCAGGGCGGUGAGCAGGAGACAGCGUGACCACGCCAGCGUUCUCCACCAAAGACGGUCGUGCCGAAGUGCCUGCUCAGAGUUCUCCUGUCCGCGGCAGCAGAAGCCUGCGUUAGCUUUCCAGAUAUUUAAGUGGAAGAGUGUGUCUCUUCCUCAACAGAAGUGUUUCUGUAAAUAGCAUUGGACAGGGAGAAGUGUAUUUUAUUGAAUGCUUAGAUUAUUUUAAAUAAAUGGGUCAAGUACACCAGCCACCUCCAGAACACCAGUGAGUGCUCCAGAUGCUGCUAAGGAGGGUGCUACUUGACUUGAUUGACUGUUCACACGAGUAACAAAGGCUUGAAGUUGAGGAGUGCCACCGUUACUGUUGGCCUCCCCUUAGGUGUUCUGGGCUGCGGCCUGUUACGUGGAGCAGGUGGCUGUGAGCAUUGCAAACAGAGCCCGCACCAGCUGUGCUGGGGGCCUGCUCUUCACACUAUCAGUUGACAAUGUACAAUGCCUUUUAUGAACUAUUAUUUUGUAAGUGCUGCUAUGUCUAUCCGUUUUUUAAUAAAGGUAAUAUUGUCUUUGA